AUGCAUACAUCGGUGGAAAUUCUCAGCUCUGAUAAUAGUCAAACAAUAUUUGAGAUAUUUAGUCUUAAAAAUGCACUUUCUCUAGAUUUUGCUUUUAUAUGGUUGUCGCGAAAAAAAUUAUUUAAAAAGCAACAGUUUUAUAUUCAACAAGAAACGACACCACCACCACAGCCAACAAUAACAUCAUUAAUACUUGAAAAUCGUCUUCAAGCAGCAACAAUCCAUCGACAAGAUGAAAAGAUUCAUCUUCUCACAGCUACAGUUCGUAGCCUUGAAGAUCAAAUGAAACACCUACAACAGCAGCUCGACAACCUGAAGGUGGUACAACCUGCACCACCAUCAUCAUCACCACCACCUAGGGAUGUGCGGUAUCAGUAUACUGACCACCGAUAA